AAGACAGCAGAAACAGCAUGAAGAUGUGUGUAUUUCUUUUUAAUAUUUUCCCGUGAUCUUUUGGCGCACAACGAAAGAAAUGUAUGAUUUGUAUGCAAUAUUUAAGCAGGCUCAUCCACCAUCGGGCAUAGAGCAUUGCCUGGUGUGCAACUUCUUUUCCCCAAGUGAAAACAAUUUGGUGGUUGCUGGAACCUCGUUGGUCAGGGUGUACAGACUGGUUGAAGACGAGAAUGGUGACAAUGUUCAUUCGGAGGAACUUGAACAAAAAGAUGCAAGUUCAAGCAAGAAAAAGCUGGAAUUGGUUGGCCAAUAUUCUCUAUUCGGUUCUGUCAAAUCCAUGAAAUCUGUCAGACUUUCUGGAAAUGUUAGAGACUCAUUGCUCCUGAGUUUUGAUGAUGCCAAGCUUGCUAUUGUUGAAUAUGAUCCUGGCAUGCAUGAUCUUAAAACAACAUCACUUCAUUAUUUUGAAGAAGAUGAACUCAAGGGUGGGAUGAGAUUUCAUUUUAAUGAUCCAACAAUUAGAGUUGAUCCUGGGAAUCGCUGUGCAGCCAUGUGGAUAUACAGUCAUUGGUUGGUUGUUUUGCCAUUUCAACAAGAGGGCUUCCUAGAUGAGCAUGAACCUGCUCUAAUGUCCGGAAGCAAAGCACAAGUGCUGCCUAGUUACACAAUAAAUAUGCGUCAUAUUGAUGCAAGACUCAGUAAUAUCAUUGACAUUCAAUUUCUUCAUGGUUAUUAUGAACCAACAGUCCUAAUUCUGUAUGAACCACUCAAGACCUGGCCAGGACGACUAGCUGUUCGUCAAGACACAUGCGCUAUGGUUGCAAUUUCAUUGAAUUUAACUGAAAAAGUGAAUCCGGUCAUCUGGUCUGUAGAGCAUCUCCCAUUUGAUUGUUCACAAGUUUUACCGAUUCCCAAACCCAUUGGAGGCAUACUUCUGUUUGCCACCAAUUCGUUAUUGUACCUGAAUCAGAGUGUACCAGCAUACGGGGUGUCCCUCAACUCAAUUGCAAAGAAAUCAUCUUCUUUCCCAUUACGUGAACAAGAAAAUGUGGCAAUAACUCUUGAUGAUGCCUAUGGAACAUUCAUUUCAAGUGAUCGUGUUGUCAUUUCACUCAAAGGAGGAGAAAUUUACGUGCUCACUUUGGUAACCGACAGCAUCAAAAGUGUCAGGAGUUUCAACUUUGAUAAAGCUGCAUCCAGUGUUCAGACCUCAUGUAUAUGUUAUUGUGAGGAUGGUUAUUUAUUUCUUGGCUCUCGUUUGGGCAAUUCGUUAUUACUCAAGUAUACACAAAAGGCUCAUGAACUCUUUCCAAAUGGUGUUAAUCCCACCAUUCCAAAAGAGGGUUUGCCACCUCAAAUGAAACGCAGAAAGCUUGACUCUGAGUAUCCAUGCUUGUAUCUAAUCUGUUUUAUCCAUCUUUUAGAUGACCUGGAUGAAUUGGAGGUGUAUGGUGCUGAUACCAAGGGCACAGAACUGGCUUCCUAUUCCUUUGAGGUGUGUGACAGUUUGUUAAAUAUUGGUCCAUGUUCCUGCGUUGACAUGGGAGAACCAGCCUUCCUCUCAGAAGAGUUUGCGGAAGCAUCGUUUCCUGAUAUGGAGAUUGUAACGUGCUCUGGUUUUGGCAAAAAUGGAGCCAUUUCCGUUUUACAGAAAUGCGUCCGACCUCAAGUUGUCACCACUUUUGAACUUCCUGGCUGCGUAGAUAUGUGGACUGUUACUUCACGAGAACCAAAGAAAAAGGAGGGUGAAAUGGAAACAGAAGAUGAAUCAAGCGACGAAGAUGGCUCAAUCAAUCAUUCGUUUUUGAUUUUAAGUCGAAAAGACUCCAGCAUGGUGCUUCGCACAGAACAGGAAAUCAUGGAACUAGAUCAUUCAGGAUUCUCGACCCAGUAUCCCACAGUCUGCGCCGCAAAUCUUGGCGAUGGCAGAUACAUUUUACAGGUUACUCCGAUGGGCGUGAGACUUCUGGAUGGAAUAACUCAGAUUCAACACAUUCCUAUGGAUGCUGGAUUUUCCUCAAUUGUUUGGUGUUCAGUUGCCGAUCCUUAUGCUGUCAUGAUGACCGCCGAUGGCACCCUGAUUCUCCUGACCUUUACAUGCGAGAAUUCCACACCCAACCUGACCGUAGCCCGGGUAAAAAUUGACCAGUGGUCUGUGGUUUGUGCUUGCUGCGUCUACAAGGACACGAGUGGAUUGUUUACAACAGAGAAGUCGACGGGGCCCGUACCCGAGCCGAAGCUAGUAAUCACUCCACAGGAACCUAAAAAGCCUCCGCCUGCAGUGCUUACUACGGAUGACGAGGAUGAAAUGUUGUACGGUGAUACAGAUAGCUCUGAUGUAUUCUUCCCAAGCACUUCCACUUCAUUUAAACCUCCAGAGAGUUUGCCUAAUCCUCCUGUUGUCGUCAAGAAAGAUAUAAAACCUACGUAUUGGUGUGUGAUAUGUCGUGAAAAUGGAGCGUUAGAGAUUUACUCAGUUCCAGAUUUCAAGCUUGCAUUCUGUGUAAGGAACUUUGCUGUUGCACCUAAAGUGCUCGUGGACAGCGGUAGUAUUGGGUCAGGUGGCAGUUCCCAAAACCAAGACGAGAAUUUGGUUGUUAGGGAAAUUCUUCUGACGGGUUCACCUGACAAAAACCCUAAACCACUACUAGCCGCGUUAGUUGAUCAAGAUUUACUGUUGUAUGAUGCGUUCAGUUAUAGCGACUCCUCCACCGAGGGACAUCUCAAUAUUCGAUUCAAAAAGCUUCAGCACAAUGUCUUGGUGAGGGAAAAAAAGAGCAAGAUAAGGCCCAGGACAUCUUCUUCGGGACAAGGACUUGAUGAUAUCUCGGAACCAAUCGUUGGCAGACUCAGACCGUUCCAUGAUAUCUCCACGUACUCUGGGAUAUUCGUCUGCGGUGCUAAUCCAUUUUGGCUGUUCAAAUCUUCCCGAAACGCUCUUCGUUCUCACCCGAUGAACAUCGAUGGCCCAGUCCUCUCGUUCGCGCCCUUCCGCAAUGUAAACUGUCCCAAAGGAUUUCUGUAUUUUAAUAAACAGGGCGAGCUGCGUGUGUCCGUUCUACCCACCCACCUGAGUUAUGAUGCCCCGUGGCCCGUACGCAAAGUUCCGCUACGAUGCACCCCCCAUUUCAUUGCGUACAAUCGAGAGAGCAAGACACACGCAGUUGUCACAAGUCAAUUGGACCCGGUCAAAGUGAUCACGAGACUCGGCAUAGAAGAUCGAGAAUUUAUUCCCACUGAAGACGAUCCCAGAUACGUUUAUCCCUUGCUUGAUAAGUUCACCGUACAGUUGAUGUCACCAUUCAGCUGGGAGAUGAUCCCAAACACGAAGUUUGAAAUGGAUGACUACGAGCGAGUGACAACGAUGAAGAAUAUAACGCUGAAGAGCGAGGAAACUGUUUCAGGAAUGAAAGGCUUCAUCGUUCUUGGUACGACUUACGUUUAUGGAGAAGAUUUGCCUUGUAAAGGAAGAAUUUUGAUAUUUGAUAUUAUUGAAGUCGUGCCUGAACCCGGGCAACCGUUGACCAAAAACAAGUUCAAGCCCCUAUACCGCAAAGAGCAGAAAGGACCAAUCACUGCAGUGUGUGAAAUAUCCGGGUUUCUGUUGACAGGAAUAGGACAGAAAAUCUACAUUUGGGAUUUCAAGAACUGCAAUGAUCUUAUUGGAGUGGCAUUUAUUGACACGCAACUUUACAUUCAUACCGCGAUAUCUGUGAAGAAUUUGAUAUUUAUAGCAGAUAUUGCCAAGAGUGUUACACUUCUACGUUUUCAGGAAGAGACUAAGACGCUAGCCUUUGUGUCAAGGGAUCCAAGUCCUUUGGAAGUUUAUGGAACAGAAUUUUUCGUGGAUGGACCGCAACUUGGGUUUCUAGUUUCAGAUAAUGAUAUGAAUCUUGUCAUAUAUCGCUACAAACCCGAAGAUCCAGUCAGCUUAGGCGGUCAGAAACUGCUGCACAUUGCUGACAUCAAUAUCAGCAGUUGUGUGACGUCAUUUUUCAGAUGUCGUGUGAAAACAGAAAAGACUGGUGAUAAGCCGAAAGAUUUGAGACAAGCUUCGUGGUUUGGAACUCUGGAUGGUGGUGUUGGCCUGGUCUUGCCCGUUCCAGAGAAGACAUUUCGCCGUUUGCAUCUGGUUCAAAACAUGUUAAUUCAUUGUAUUCCCCACCAUGCAGGACUUAAUCCCAAAGCUUUCAGGCUUCUGCGGUGGAAGCACAGACCAAUGGAUAACCCACAACAUCAUAUUUUGGAUUUUGAGCUUCUUAGCAAGUUCGUUCACCUUGGCGCGGUUGAGAGGCUAGAAGUAACCCGCAAGAUUGGUGUCUCGCCCGCACAGAUUUUGGACGACUUGAUGGAGAUUGAGACGGUGACGUCACAUUUUUAGCGUGCAAGGUGCAUUGUGGUUGGUAAACGUAAGUUCGCCUGCUAUGGUGUGUAAGUUUGUGCAGUUAACUGGAACCAAAGUCGCUAAGAUGAACAGUUCAACGAUUUGUACUGUACAGGGUACAUACACAAUCAAGAAUACUGUAAAAUACCCAAACACACUCGUCCAAUAGCAUACUAACACUAGGUGAAAUCGCUUUGUAAAAUACGCUGGGACAAGAAUCACGCGAAAACCAUAAAAUACGGGUACUUUACGUUACAGUAAAAGA